UUCGGAAAGCCGUAGGUGUCCCGAGCCUCUCAAGAUAUAUUUACUAUUGUACCCUUCCCUCUGUCCCUCCAUUUCCCUCCUUAUUCAAUUUCCAAUACGUAACGAUCGACGACGGCGUUUCUCCCUCCAUCAAUCUCAGUGUCCCACAGUCUCACAAGCAAUGAAAUUCUAGAGAGAGAAAGAGAGAGGAGAGAGAUAUUGAGAGAGAAGUUAGGGUUUCAGCUCGGGUUUCACGAUGGAAGGUCUCAUCAUUCUCGAUACGGACAACGGCGGCGCCGGAGAUAACAAGGCAAAAGGUGAGAAAAUUGCUAAGGGGUUGUCGAUUGGAAGUAACUCACGGAAGAGGCUUGCUGAUAUUAGCAACUUGCAGCAGCAGCGACCGAAACCAUCGAUUCAACAGGUGAAGCAGCAAUUUGAUUCAGAUACAAAUAAAGAGUAUAUUGACAAUCUUCAGAAGGAAAACAGGACAUUGAUGAAACUUCUUACUGACAGAAACAAAAUCAUAGAAUUGAGCAGAGUAGAGAUACAGAACUUGAGAAUCAAUCUGCAGAAAGUACAACAACAGAAUUUACAACUCGCCCAAGCAAAUAGCCAGAUCUUAGGGGAACUCAAUUUAGGUAAAGAUAGGCUAAAGGCACUUCAACAUGAAAUUGGGUGCAAAAAUGGUUUGCUCAAAGUGAGAAAACUGGAGGCUGAGGAGAAACCCAAAAGAGUAACGUGCCAAAGUACAGAAAAUCAGGUAGAAGGUUUAACUAAGUGUUUUGAAGCGGGGGAGUCCUUGCAAGCAGACAAGAAGGAUGGUCCUUGUAAUACCCAAAGGGAUCGACAUCUAAAAAAUCCACUUGUGGCUUCUCAUACUGUUGAAGCAGUCGAAGUUAAAGAGAAGGCUGAUAAUAAAAGAGGCUUGAGAAGACAGUCUGCAAGGUUUAAAACUGAAGAACGCGAAGCAACGGAAGAAAUGCUGGAGACCAAUGGUUGCAAAAUUCCCGUCCUUCCUCUUUGCAAUAAUAUGGUUCAUGAAAGUGAGACGACAUUUUCAUCAGUGGAAAAAGAGGCUCCUACUAUUGAAGCAGUCCAAGCUAACAAGAAGGCUUACCACAAAAGGCGUUUUACAAGGCAGUCUGCAAAGUUAAAAACUGAAGAACAGGAAGCCACUGAAGAAAUGUUUGAGACCAAUGGUGACAAAAUUCCUCUCUCUCUUCUACGUGACAACGUGGUUCAUGCAAGUGAGACGAUAUGUCCAUUAGGGGGAAAAGACGAUACUACAAGUGCAGCAGUCCAAGCUAAAGAGAAGGCUUACAACAAUAGGCGUUUUACAAGGCAGUCUGCAAAGUUAAAAACCGAAGUACAGGAAGCACCUGAAGGGUUUGGGACCAAUGGUGAAAAGUUUCACGUCUCUCAUCUAUGUCAUAAUGUGGUUCAUGGAAGUGCUCCGACAUGCUCAGUGUUGGAAACAGAGGAUCCUAUUACUGAAGCAGUCCAAGCCAAAGAGAAGGCUGACAACAAAAGGCAAUCUGCAAGGUUUAAAACUGAAGAAUUGUUUGAGACCAACGAAGACACGGUCCAUGUCUAUCCUCUAAGUGACGAUGUGGUUCAUGAAAGUGGUUCAACAUGUUCUUCGGUGAAAAAGGAGGAUGAAGGAUACACUGCCCCGAGAUCUGAAGGCCAGGAAUGUCGAAGAUCAUCUGCAAGGCCACUGCGGCGGCGAGCAACUCAGGCGAUUAAGUCAUACAAGGAAACUCCAGUUAAUGUGAAGAUGCGCAGAGAAAAUUGAGUCAGUUGAUGCUUAGAAGAUUAACUACAUUGUUGUGCCUUUUGGUAUUAACUAAUUGUUUUGUAAAAUUACUCUCGGUUCAGGAAACAUGCCUUUAACUUUGUAAAGUUUAACGCUAAUCUAGUUUCCGUUAAUAUAAGCAGCAGAUGAUGGAUUAAAAUGCACAAACUUAACCUGAAAUGUGCAAUGGGGCUCGUAGUUCAAGCAGUUAAGAGCAUACUUUGCAUCCGAGGUUCUAAGUUCGACUCCUCCUCCCUACUAUUGUAUCCAAAACUCAAGCUUCUC